AUGGUGUUGGAUACGAGGACAUCCGUCCUCGGCAAGGAGCAUCCUAAAACACUGAUGAGCCUGGGUAAUCUUGCAUAUACAUACCGGGAUCAAGGUCGGUGGAUGGACGCGGAGAAGCUGCAGCUGAUGGUACUGGAGGCGAAUGAGCGUGUGUUCGGUGAGGAGCAUCCGGAAACACUGAUCAACAUGGGCAAUCUCGCAUCGAUAUACAUGAAGCAAGGUCGGUGGACAGAUGCGGAGAAGCUGCAGGUGACGGUGCUGGACGCGAGGAAGCGCGUCCUUGGCGAGGAGCAUCCUGAGACACUGAGCAAAAUGGGAAAUCUUGCACAGAUAUAUCAACAUCAAGGUCGGUGGGCGGAUGCAGAGAAGCUGCAGGUGACGGUGCUGGAGGCUAUGAAGUGUGUGCUCGGUGAGGAGCAUCCUGACACACUGACCAGCAUGGGAAACCUUGCAAAUACAUACCGUAAUCAAGGACGAUGGGCGGAUGCAGAGAAGCUGGAGGUGACGGUGCUGGAGGCGAGGAAGCGCGUGCUCGGCGAGGAGCAUCCAUCAACACUGAUCAGCAUGGGCAACCUUGCAUCGACAUACCGGGAUCAAGGACGAUGGGCAGAUGCAGAGAAGCUGGAGGUGACGGUGCUGGAGGCGAGGAAGCGCGUGCUCGGCGAGGAGCAUCCUGAAACACUGAAGAGCAUGGGCAACCUUGCAUCUACAUACUCGUAUCAAGGUCGGUGGGCGGAUGCAGAGAAGCUGGAGGUGACGGUGCUGGAGGUGGAGAAGCGCGUGCUCGGCGAGGAGCAUCCUGGCACACUGACCAGCAUGGGCAAUCUUGCAUCUACAUACCAGAAUCAAGGACGAUGGGCGGAUGCAGAGAAGCUGCAGGUGACAGUGCUGGAGGUGAUGAAGCGUGUGCUCGGCGAGGAGCAUCCUUCAACACUGGUCAGUAUGAGCAACCUUGCAUCUGCAUACUGGAAUCAAGGUCGGUUGACAGAUGCAGAGAAGCUGCAGGUGACGGUGCUGGAGGCGAAAAAGCGUGUGUUCGGGGAGGAGCAUCCUGAAACACUGAUCAGCAUGGGCAAUCUUGCAUCAACAUACCGGCAUCGAGGUCGGUGGACGGAUGCGGAGAAGCUGCAGGUGACGGUGCUGGAGGCACACAAGCGUGUGCUCGGCGAGGAGCAUCCUCACACACUGGUCAGCAUGGGAAAUCUUGCAUUGACAUACUCAGAUCAAGGUCGGUUGGCGGAUGCGGAGAAGCUGCAGGUGCUGGCGCUGGAGACGAGGAAGCGUGUUAUUGGAGAUGAGCAUCCCAACACACUACGGAGUAUGGAACACCUCGCGUCAACAUAUCACAAGCUGGGCCGGUUGUCUGAGGCAGGAAAGCUUGAGGCGGAGGUAAGAGACAUCAGGAAGAGACUCCUUGUUCCGAAUGACCGUGAUGUAUAA